GAUAGAUUGUGUGAAGGCGUGUGUCCAUGCGUGCGUGUGUGUGAAUCAGGGGGUGGGUGCAUUAGUGCAUGUCAGACAGCAAAGAGAGCCGCAGUUAUCUAGGAAUCUGAGUCAAAGGAACCUCACUAACAGAGACAGGGAGAGAGAGAGUGAGAGAGAGAGAGAGAGAGAGAGAGGGGGAGAGAAAUAGGGAAGAGAGAAGUGGAGAGGAUGAAAGAGGCAUGCAGAUAGAAAGACAGACAGAGAAGAAGAAGUUGAAGGUAACACAGAAAUAGAAGAAGGUUAUGGGAAAAGUGUGGAGGAACACCAUCAAAGGCUUCAAACAAAGCAUCAAGCGGAGCAGAAACCCAUCAAGAAGACCAAAAGAAUACUCAAAAGAAGAGCGUCACUAAAGACUUGUCGGCACCCAAGUCCAAGAGGCUGGCAAGGCAGAACAGCUGUAAGGUGAAAACCAGUGUCAGGGGGACAGUAAACGGAAAAACACAGAGGUGUAGUGUCUGAGAGACUGGAUUCUGCCCCGAAUUCUGCAGCUUUUCACAUUCUUUUAGGAUUCUUCCCAUGUUUCCAUUAGGCUCUCUCGGCGUGCUCCCCCUGCUGUCCCUGUGUGUAGGGGCCAUGUUGUCCCCCCCGGAUGCACCUCCAGCCUGUCCCCACUGCAAGGACAGUCUGGUGGCCGCUCCACCUGCGAGGACAGGGUCAGGGGGAUGUGAGGGACGCCCUGGGAUGGCAGGCUGCAGGGUGGCGGUCGCCCCCCUGGCUGCCUCUGACCCACCUCUGAGGGUGGAACACAGACAUGAAGCUCGACAGGUUCAGCCCGAGUCCAGGGAUGUGUCGGAGCGUCUGGUCCAGUUGCAGCGCUGUAUGAAUUCCCUCCAGGAGCCAGGGGUCCCCAGGGGCCGUGUAGGCCAGGGAGGGGACACGCUGGGGGCCAUUCUGGCUCUGAUGGCUGCAGUACUGACAGAGUGUGACCUACACUGUCACAGUCAGGCCCUCAGGGCUAUGGCCAGGCGACUGGAGGGGGCAGCGGUUGGGAGAGAGGGAGAGAAAGACCUGAUACUACUGUUGAGGAGCAUCACACAACACCCUCCAACAGAAUAUACAGCUGUAAGAGCGCGAGUGUGUGUUGCAGCGGUCCCCUCAGCGAGGCUGCAUCCUCAGGACUGUGCUGAGAUCUAUCGUUUGGGGAUCAAAGAGAACGGAAUCUACACCAUCCAGCCUGACCCACGCAGACCUGCAAUGGAGGCAGAGUGUGACAUGGAGACAGCAGGCGGGGGGUGGACAGUGUUCCAGCGUCGGCGAGAUGGCUCAGUGGACUUCAACCGGACGUGGCAGGAGUACCGCGAGGGUUUUGGUUCCCCACAGGGAGAAUACUGGCUGGGGAACGCAGCGCUGCAUGCGCUAACCAACACUGGUCAACACCUGCUGCGUAUACAACUGGAGGACUGGCACCAGCAGAAACGCCAAGCCACCUACAACACUUUCAGAGUGGCAGCAGAGGCACAGAGGUACCGUCUGACAGCACGGGAGUACUCUGGUGACGCGGGCAAUGCCCUGAGCUACAGCAAACGCUACAACCACGACGGCCGAGCGUUCAGCACCAACGACCGUGACCACGAUCGCUACACGUCAGGGAACUGUGCGGAGUACUAUGGUGCAGGCUGGUGGUUCGACGCCUGCCUGGCGUCUAACCUGAAUGGACUCUUCUACCGCGGGCGCUACAGUGGGCUGACUAAUGGCAUAUACUGGGGCACCUGGUACAUCCUGACAGACAUUCACAGCGGAGAGCGCUACUCCUUUAAGAGUGUGGAGAUGAAGACACGCCCACGCAACUUCUAAUGAAGACUGACCUGGGAGCUAGUAGAUAAACAUACCCAAACAUAAUUCUUUUUCAGGAGAUGGCCAUAAACAAUAACUGGUAAUGUUGCAUAGUUAUAGAAAGGUCUGGAUCUCACCUUUCGGUAAAAAAAUGGUUAUAAAUUGCUGAGAUAUACUCACUUGUGAGGACACAAGCUCAAUUACAUAGUACAAAUAUUAUGAAAAUAUAAAAAAUGAUUAUGAAAUUAUUUAGUAUUUUUUCAUGUUGAGAUCUCUAAAUCCGGUUGAGAUUAUCACAGUGACAUGAACCACAAUUGUUGGGUACGCUAGACUGUUACUGUUCAUAUGCCGCCUCCCAGGCUGGACUCUGUCACUCAUAAGCAGAGCGAAUCCAUUCUUUGUCUGUAUAGGCCAGAGAAUGUGACAUGUCACUCCCCAUUCAAAUGUGGGGUCUGAUACCUGACACUUCAAGUCAGCUCCGUUGAGAGAGUGGUAGCGCAGAGUAGACAGAUGGGGCUUUCUGACAAUAUAUGGCACGGGACCCUACGACAUUCACAGAACGCUUUGUACCCCAAAAUCAGUUGGAACAUGUCCCGAACCGCUCAAAGUCUCAAAAUAUAGGGGACUUAACAUCUUCAAAUGAAAACAUAGGACUACUCCACAAUACUCUGAGCCAUGGUACUGUAUAUGCAAAUCUAGGGUGGGGAACAUUAGCCUGGUCCCAAUCUGUUUGUGCUGUCUUGCCAACUCCUAUAGUCAUGUCACUCCAAACAAUAUUAGCAAGACCACACAAACAUAUCUGGGACCAGGCUAGGGAAACCCUAAACUGGCUGCAGAGUGUGUGAAGGUUAUUGUUACUCAGCUAAUGACUGGAUGUUUGAUUCACUGGAUAAUGUUGGGAUAGUGAGCCAGUUUUUCCAGGUGUAAAUAUGGUGCUAAAUGGAAAACUGGUCAGAUGACUCUGUCCUCAUCAAGUCAAAUCAACAUGGCCAUUAAAGCAAGAUUGUUCUUCAAAAUGUUCAAAUGUUCAUAGAUGACCAGCAGGGUCAAAUAAUAAUCUCAGUGGUUAUAGAGGGUGCAACAGGUUUUUCACCUUAGGUGUAAAUGUCAGUUUGCUUUUCAUAGCUGAGCAUUUAGAGGUCAAGAGAGACAGAGACAGAGACAGAGACAGAGACAGAGACAGAGAGAGAGAGAGAGAGAGGGUUGAAAACUAGGUCCAGGACAAGGUAGCGUUUAUGAUUGAAGUAUGUAUUGAAAUUGAAUUACACCAUUAACCAGCAGAAUCUGUGACCCUAAAGGCUCAUGGGCUCCUGCUUCAUUUGUAUUAUCCCUCAUUCAAGUCAUGUACCAUGCAGCAUCUUUUUCUUUUGUGAGAUUAAAACAACUGUAAAGUUUUCAUAUAUAUGUUAUGCAAAUCUUUCAACAAAAAUGUAAUGUAGAAAUGCGCAUUAACAAUCAUGUCUGUAGAGAAAUUACUCUUGAAAUAAAUUGCUAUGACUUCA